AUGUCUCGCUGUAAAGGAUCGAAUGGCUUCACGGAUCCCACCCGAUCCCGCGUUCGAGGGGACGUUGUGAUUCCUAACGUGCACAUUGGUGCAGACACCGCCUCUGCGACAAGUCCGACGAGGCGGGCAUUCCGUGAUGCGAUCGAACAGCGCAUGUUUGCGGAGGACAUGUUGCAACUCAGAGGAACGUACUUCCCGGGCCUUGCCGCGGCGAAGGGGACGAACGAACACCCGGAGACGGCGGCGAGCGUCAAGGACCGCGUAACGGACUUGGAGAGACGACAUGCAGAAGAGCUGCUUACCAUGUUCGAGUGGCAAGCAGAAGAUCACCUGAACAAUGCCUCAGACCUGUAUCAAUGUAAGUACGACCUUUUGGACAAGAAUGGUAGGCCAGACAACCAACUCGAGUCUUUCUAUAGGAUGUCAGAGUGCCGAUAUUCGUUUCAAUACGAUGACGCACUGUCUGCUAUUUCUUACGCACAUCACAGCACCAUUCUUCCGCUACAGAGGUCACGCAUAGCUCUUAUUGCUGCUGAGGAGGAUGCACGUCGUCGAAGGGACGCUCAGUUUCCUUCAGACAUAACGAAAUACCAUGAGAUCCGCAGUAAGGAUGUGCAGGUGCGCAUCGCGCUGUUCUUGAUGGCAGACAGUAUAGCGAAAGAACGCAUGCUCACCAAAUUCGGAUGGGCGUGGAGGCAGGUCCAGAAUCUGAUUGAUGAGUACGACCAUAAUACCGCAUUCAAAGUGGAGGUGCAUGACUGCGUGCGCGACGUGGAAGCCCGCGAUCCGCGACGACGGCCUUCUCUCGCAUCCGUCGUUUGA